UAAGUACGACAUUGUCCAAAACUGUCAACCGGGAAGACCCUUGUGAAUAGGUAAUAUUGAAAAAUGGUCGCAUCAAAAUUGUUGAAUGUUUGUAAAUAUUUACAAAUCAAUGAGACUAGAUAUCUAUGUUCGUUACCAAGAAUUCUGACGCAAUUCAAUUAUGAGCCGUCAGCCAUUGAUCACAGCGAAAAAAAAUACUGUUCAGUAAUUGUGCCGAGAAAAACUCUGUCCCAGUGUUCUGGGCCAUUCCGUCAGUACUCCACUGGGCUCGGCCUUCCCGAGGAGGAGCGAGACUGGCGUGACGUCAUCUCGGAAGCGGAACAGAUCGUGGGCUAUCCCACCUCGUACCUGAACCUGCGGUGGCUGUUUAACGACGAGAUCGCCAGUACUGCCAUACAUUUGAGGAAAUUGGUCGGCACCAACCAUCCCGUACUAAAAUCAGCCAAGAACCUCUUAGUUGGAUCGAAAAGCAACUUACAAUCCGUUGGUCUGGUCAUCCUACUGGUGUCCAAGGCCGCUGGCUUCAACACCCGGGACUUUACUGGCGACCACUAUGACUCGGGGGUGCUCCACGCUCAGCGGGCGCUGGCCGAGAUCGUUGAGAUGAAGAGGACUGGACAUAUGAUACACAAGGCUAUGGUGAACCUUCAGGAUAAGAACAAACAUGGCGACAAGUUCGGUGAUCUACUGUAUGGGAACAAGAUUGUGUUGUUGACAGGUGACUACCUGCUGGCGACUUGCCUGCAGCACCUCGGCGGCUUGCACAACAACGAGGUGACGGAGCUGAUCUCCACCGGCCUCAGAGACCUAGUCGAGAGUGACUCCAUCGGGGAGCACGAUCAGGACAACAACCCCAUGCCGACACAGCCCAAAGGUGACGACCGCCCAAGAGUGUACGACUGGGAAAACGAGGAUAAUCUUCAGACGCUCGGCUCAAACGAGUUCCUUGGUCACGGGAAACAAGAGUGGGUUCUCCGUACCAUGCUUACGUCUGGCAGUAUCCUGGGAAAAGGCUGCCAGGGAGCCAUGAAGCUCGCCCGCCGCGGUACCGAAAUGGAGAAAGAGGCCUACAAGCUCGGCGGCCAUCUUGCGUUGCUAUGGCAACUGUACCUGGACGUUAAGGACUUCUUCACCCACCCCUACUCCUACUCUCUCGUCGGCGCUCCAGUGACGAUCGCUCUUUGGGAGUAUCCACAAAUUUACGGCCAUAUCUUAGAGUCGAGGAUAGAAAAACAGCCGAUAAAUUUUAAGCAGUUGUAUUACGCGGUGCGAGCGACGCGGGCCAUGGACUACUUGACUGUUGUGUUGGAUGAGGAGCUGGCGGCCGUCAUCAAGCACAGCGAGAACUUCCCCGUGGAGGACGCGCGCUCGGCGCUGCAGAAGAUGGCCGUCACUAUUCACUCGGAGUCCCUUCAGUAUAUUGAGAAGUGAAUAAAGGUAUUUAUGUUCUAG